UUACUUUCCCACAAUCCAUUGCGCGACUCGGUUCACUAACUUGACAACGCCGGCUCCUUGUUACAUCUUCGUUUCAAAGGCUCUUUGGUGUUACACACGUGGGGCGUUUUAACACAUCGACACGUCGCUGAAGAUAUAUCCUUGUUAGAUUUGGAUCCAGACCAAACAGAGGAUGAUGAGUGAGGACGUGGAGCGGCUGCUGAUCCAGUUUCAGGACGAGGCUGGGGAGGUCCUGGGUUCACCUUUUGAUGUGCCUCUGGACAUCACACCAGACAAACUGCAGCUGGUCUGCAAUGCGCUGCUACAGAAGGAGGAGCCAGUACCGCUGGCAUUUUUCGUGCGUGGAGAGGCUGAGGUGGUGUCCAAUCUGCGCUCCUGUGUGAAGGCUCUCGGGGUCGACACGGAGCAGGUCCUCCCCGUUGUUUACCAGCCACAGGCCGUGUUCAGGGUUCGAGCUGUAGCCCGCUGUACCAGCACACUGCAGGGACACACAGAAGCUGUCAUCUCUACCGCUUUCAGCCCGACUGGCAAAUAUCUGGCCAGCGGUUCAGGUGAUACCACAGUGCGCUUUUGGGACUUGACGACUGAGACGCCUCACCACACUGCCAGAGGACACACACACUGGGUACUGAGCAUCACCUGGUCACCUGAUGGGAAGAAGCUAGCUUCAGGGUGCAAGAACAGUCAGAUCUGCCUGUGGGAUCCAGUGACGGGUACACAGAUCGGGAAGACUUUGACAGGACACACCAAGUGGAUCACUUGGCUCUCCUGGGAACCUCUCCAUCUUAACGCAGAGUGUCGGUACUUGGCCAGUAGCUCAAAGGACGGCUCGAUACGUGUUUGGGACACUGUGUUGGGGCGCUGUGAGAAGAUCCUGACCGGACACACUCAGUCAGUCACCUGUGUGAAGUGGGGAGGAGAUGGACUUCUCUACACUUCCUCCCAGGACAGAACGGUCAAAGUCUGGAGAGCCAAAGAUGGUGUCCAGUGCAGGACUCUGCAGGGUCACGCCCACUGGGUGAACACCCUGGCUCUGAGCACCGACUAUGUCCUGCGCACUGGAGCUUUUGAACCAGCAACUGCCACCAUCAACCCCCAGGACCUCACUGGAUCGUUGGAAGAGCUGAAGGAGCAAGCUUUGCAGAGAUAUAAUAAAGUUCGGGGUCAAGCUCCGGAGCGCCUGGUGUCCGGCUCAGAUGAUUUCACCCUGUUCCUGUGGAACCCUGCAGAAGACAAGAAGCCUCUGGCCCGGAUGACGGGCCACAGCGCUCUGGUCAAUGAGGUGCUCUUCUCCCCCGACACCAGGCUCCUCGCCUCUGCCUCAUUUGACAAGUCCAUUAAAAUCUGGGAUGGACGCACUGGAAAAUACUUGAUGUCCCUGCGUGGCCAUGUGGGAUCUGUGUAUCAAGUGGCGUGGUCAGCAGACAGCAGGCUGCUGGUCAGCGGCAGCAGCGACAGCACGCUUAAAGUUUGGGAUGUCAAGACCGGGAAGCUCAACAUGGACCUGCCUGGCCAUGCUGAUGAGGUUUUUGCAGUGGACUGGAGUCCUGAUGGACAAAGAGUGGCCAGCGGUGGGAAAGACAAAUGUCUCAGAAUAUGGAGAAGAUAGCCACACCUCUGUUCCCCUGUCCUUACUUCAGCAGGUGGAUUUCACGUCUUCUUCCUGUCGAGAGAAGCCUGACAGCUGGAGCGACAGCGGCUGGACUGUGCCUAAUCCCCCCCCCGUUUGGCUUUACUACACCGUCUGACAGUGACGGCAUUGUGUCAGGAAGCUCUGGUCCAUUCAUGGAGCGAGUGGCCUGUCCAGGUUCAAAGCCCACGUUGGAGUAUUAACAAUGCAAAUACUGUGAUGGUGUUCAGCUGAGCAGGCGUGUUAAUAACCAUUCAUCCUUUUUUGAGAUCACAAGUAAAUGUGUUUCAUCCCAAAUUUGACACAUGUAGGAGUUUCCAUUCAUGUACAAUAUUGUUUUUGUACACAUCAAGGGCCCUGAUAUGUCAAACUUAAGUGUAAAGCCUUAUGAUAGCCCAUAUGCUGAAACUAUGAACAUGGUUAUAUGUUAAAAAUGAAUAUAUAACGUUUAUAUAUGAUAUACAGAUAGAACGAGGAUGUAACCAGCACAAACAAAUUUCUCAGCAGCGUGGGUGUGUCCCCUCCUUCACCUUGACACAAACUAUAUAUUGUAGGUGACAGGUGGGCCGGUGAGUCAACAGGUGGGAGCUCUAAUACCUUCCUCUGUGAUGUUAAUGCUGACCGCGCUGGCCCUGCUCCCUCAGCCUUUUAAUCUCCUCUGUCCUGCAAUCAGCAAAGCUUCAGCCUGCUGAUUUUCUGUCUGGCACUGCGGUAAAGAUGAGCGUCACCACCCCUCUGAACUCUCGAUUCUCACCCCAGUGAAGAAAGAAGCAGGUUUGACAUUUCAACGGGAAUAAUCUGUUUUAUUUUUUGGUAGUUUGUUUUAUUUUCUGUAUAUAACUGGCUUUGUGAAUACUUAAUUUGAAUAAAUAUUCACAGCACA